GCGAAAUUAUUUUCUCAGCCAAGUAGUUGUAGAAGUUUACCUUUGAAAUGUCGACUCCGGAUUUCGAGUCCCAAGAAAUCGAUAGGACAGCGUUAUUAAAGAAGAGGAGACUUAAUACACAACUGUUAUUAGCGGUCUGUGAUAAGGAUCAUGAAAAAGUUGAAAGCUUGCUGAGAGAGGGAGCUAAUCCCAACACAAGAUGCCAGUGCAGCCUGAUGAGCGUUUGCCACCUGGCGGUGUACUAUGGACAGAACGACAUCCUGGAAGCGCUGCUGAGAUCUGGCGCAGACCCGACGGCCAGGGACACGGAGGGGCUACAACCUCAUCACAUGGCUGCCAUCAAGUACACCUUCAUGUCAUCGGUCCAAUGCCUCAAAACCAUUUUCAAAGAACACCCAUCCUUGAUAGAUUCUGUGGUUGAAAAAAUAGAUUUGAAAGUUCCUAAAGAUCAGCAGGACUCUUUUGUUCAUGAUCAUAAAGAAAUCUCCAAAUUGGUUCCCAAAAAUAUUAUUGAAGGAAGCACUUUACUUUUCCUGGCUGCUAAAUAUGGCCUCAAUGCAAUUGUCGAAUUGCUUUUGGAACACAACGCCAACGUGAACAUAGCGACGAAAGAAAACCUCACAGCUCUUGAUGUCACCGGACUCGAAGAAAUCAAAGUGUCAGGAUGCUCAGUAGUAACUAACGAACCAAUAGAAAGAGGUGCAUCUGACACUAUAAUUCAGAAAUUACUAAACUGGAGGUCUAAGCCCACGAGAAACGCUAUUUACAAUGCCGUGGAAACUGGACGUGUUAAGUUGCUGACAGAAUAUAUGAAAAUUGUCUCUUCUGAAAUAAUAGAGGAGGAGAAACCUGCCUUAAUCUUUUUAGCGAUUAAGAAUAAUAUGAAAAAUGACAGAAACAAAAUGAAUUACAAUGAAAUGCUGGCAAUACUCAUCGAAAAUGAUCCCAGUGCUAUAAACAAUCAGGACGACGAUGGGAAAACUCCUCUUUUCUUAGCAGUAGAAGAACAGUGGAUGGAAGAUGUUGAAUUGCUGUUACAGAACAAUGCCGAUGUCACUAUCCCAUCCUACAAUUUUAAGACUGUCUUUCAUCUAGCAGCGGAACAAGGAAAUAGCGAGUUGCUCAACGUCUUCAUAGGGAGUCUUAAAAGAGAGGUUGUCGAUGAUACAAUUAACCAAAUGGACAAUGAAGGAUACACCCCUCUUUUCAGAGCUGUUGAGGGAAAUCACCAUUUAUGCGUCGAAAUGUUACUAAAAUAUUCUGUUACGGUCCGGCACUUGAACUGCCAUGGGACAUUAAAAGGUACGCUCCUUCAUUCGGCAGUCAAUGCCAAGGCCAACCAAGACACGACCACAUUAAAAAAGAUUAUAGUUUUCAUGGUUACUAAUAACAACUUGGAUUACCUCAACGAGCGAAACUCGGAAGGUCUCACUGCUCUCGAAUUGGCUGCCUCCCUUGGCUACCGGAAUUGUUUAGAAUUUCUUCUUUCUUACUGUAAGUGUAUCAAAGAUUAUUUCCUCCAGUCUAUUGUUAAUGAAAAAGACAUCUUACUACAUCUAGCUGCUAAAGGAGGACAUUACAGAACUAUUGAGUACCUGCUGGACACCUAUCCUAUUCUCGUCAACAUAGAAGAGGACAGAAAACGUUCAGCUCUUGUACUUGCGGCUCUUGGGGGACAUGAGAAAUCCGUGACGAUGUUACUGAAGAGAGGAGCCAGUCUCACCGACUGUGAUAGCACUCUCAACCGUUCUGCGAUCGACAUCAUCAUGAACUAUAUUCCUCACCCGGUCCAAAUGAUAGAGCACUUGCUAGACAGCUUCACUGGGACGAAGAAACUAAGACACCAACAGGCAAAUUUCGCAAACGCUUCCACUGUUUCGAUUGACCACCUCGACUUAGAAGAUAACGAUUUCUAUACAACACUCUUGGAUAAGAGUAAAAACGCAGGUAGAAACCAGCCGGACAACGUGAACUUCGAAGUGCUACUCGAUUAUUCAAUGCUGGUAGCAGGGCAGAGAGAGAUGGAAGUGAUCGAAGCAGUCAGCGAAUGCCAAUUCGAACACCUGAAGCAACAAUUCUUCUUGCACCCGUUGGUGAGGAGCUUCCUCACCCAUAAAUGGAUGCAAGUAGACUUCACAUUUACAGUCUUAUCUUUUAUAUACAUAGCGCACAUUUGCUCAGUUACUGGAUUGGCUCUGUCUUUUCGCAAUCACCUCUUUUCCCUAGCUGCCUGGAUUUGUCGGUUUGGAAUUUGGGCAACCAUAAUACCUGUUAUAUGUAUGGAAAUAAUUUGUUGGAUGCUGAAGGGAAAAAUAUAUUCUGAGGCCGAAAUUUACACAAAAUGGUUUUCGAUUGCCACAGCUGCUGCCUUGAGUUUGGCCCCUGAAAUGUGGUGGGGUCCUUACCUAGCUUCGGCGACCGUUCUUCUGGUUUGGGUGGAACUUCUCCUCUUCUACGCCAUGAGCCCGACCUGGGGUCUCUACAUCCUCAUGUUCUUUGAAGUCGUAAAGAACGUAUUCCAGGUUAUUUCAUCGUUUAUAUUUUUAUUGGUUGGUUUCGCUUUAUCUUUCUUUAUACUUUUUAAUGGACGCCACCCUUUUUCUGAUAUAUGGAAUUCAUUGAGUGAAGUUUUUGCCAUGAUGCUUGAAUUGGGAUACAAUGAUAUGUUUGACGGAGAGUACACUGAAAAUGAACCGUUAAAAAUCUUUGGACGCGUCAUGUACCUUGGAUUCAUGCUUCUAGUUAUAAUGGUACUGACGAACAUCAUCCUUGGAAUGUCUGUUAGUGAUGUGACCCACCUGGAAGGUAAGUCCAAGCACCUCGCCAAACAGGGCUCCUUCCUCAGCCUCAUGGAUAAGUUUUGGUACAACGAUAGGCUACGUUCCUUGCUCCCGAAUGUGCUUCUGAAGCAAAUCAAAAAGUGUUUUCAUCCUAAACUCAAAGGCUUUACCAUUCAUCCCAACAGAUCUUCACCUGAACUGAAAGAGGAACUAGUUUAUGAAAUCAUGACAAUCAUUUCAGGCAAAAGAAAUAAAUCAGUGGAUUUACAUAGCCUAUCAAAAUCAAUCCAGCACGUUAACAAAAAGAUCGAUCAUGUUUCUCAAGAAGUUGAAGCUAUCCAUAAAAUUAUAAAAUUUUAACCAUAAAAGUUCUCCAAUUAUGGUUGGUCCCGCCAGAAGAUAGGUCAAUGAUAUCUCAAUUAGAGGAGACCUAAAAGUUAAAAAAAUACUCGUUUAAAAAAGUGAAACAAAAAAAUAACAAAAACAUUUAUAUUCUUAUGUAAGAUGUUGGUUGAUAUUUCAAAAUGUGCCUUGAUUUACGAUAUGACUAUCCCACAAGAUAUUUUCUUGUUUGGUGUAAAUUAAAAAUCUGAGGUUUAAUGUAUGAAAGGAAAUUAAAAUUAUUUUCUAUAAAUUUGGUUUAUUAUUUCUUUAUUUUUUGUUCUUAAUAUUAAGACCAGAAAAUAGUUUUUACAUAUAUAUAUUGUUUAAUAAUUAAAAAUUAUUAAAUUAAUGUCAAAUUUAGGCACGUUUGUGUAUCUAUGAUAUUCAUUAAUAUUUAUAUUUUCCAAUAUAAAAUGAUUUUUUUUUUCUACCUUACUCAUCCACGUAACAAUGUAACAUAAAACUAUUUGAUAAUUUUAUAUGCUCAAAAUUUCAUGAAAGGUAAAAUCAAAUCUACUGCAGAAUCGCAAAAAAAACAAAACAAAAAAAAAAAAAAAAAAAAAAAUCAGAAAGCAAAAGCAAUAUAAAACUAAAGCAUAUAUAGAUGUAAAACAAUGGCAGCUAAGACAAUUUAGCUGCCCAUACUAUAACUGCUACAAAAAAUAUUUAGCAAUGACAAUAACAGGAAAGAGGCAAUAUCAGAAGUUUAAAUACAAUAUAGACCUCAGUAGUCACUGUCAUAAAAUUUUAUUUCUUUUUAAAAUAGAAAUUAAAUAAAUAAAUAAAAAUAGAAAUUAGAUAAAUUAAUGGGAUAUAAAGAAUUAGUUAAACAUUAUAAAAAUAAAUAGAAUAUUAUGGUAUUAUGACUGAGACCAUUGAAGCCUAUAAUGUAUUUAAAAUUAUUUACGUAACCAUCAACACUAGCGGAUCCAGGAUUUAAUUUUUUGGGGAGAGGCUUCAGCCUGAAAGCUUUUUUUUCAUAUAUAUAUAUAUAUAAUGAUAAUUACUAUAGAAAAAAAGUAGUAUGGAUUAAGUAAGUACAAUUCUAGGUAUAAUUCUAUAUAUCAAUGAUGAAUUUAUACAUUAAUAUAUAUUUGCGCAGAAAAUUUGUAAUUUAUAGAUAUUGUUGAAGGAAUAUAAAAUAAAAAAAACAAUAUUUUUUUAUUUUAUAAUAAAUAUAAUUUAAUUAAAUUAUUGCAUUAAUUUCUUAUAAUUUAUUUAAAUAUCUUAGUGCUAUUUAUGUACAGUGAGUAUAUAUCAUCAAUUUAUAGCAAGCAUCACUAAGUUCAUUUUUACCAUAUUUUUUUAUGCAAACCACGAUGCAUUAAGGUGACACAAAUCCUAUUAUAUAUACAAAAUAGUUACAAUAAUGGCAAAAUGUUUGGAUUUCAUAGAGAGAAAAUUCAUCAAAAUACUCAGUAACUUAAUUUUAUGGAAUGUUACUUAUGUUAGUGAUGUUUUGCAAUAAAAUCACAAUAUGUUAUACAAAAAUAAAAAAAAUUAGUGGAUACAGUCAUUAGAAGAGAAUAAUCUGUAGAUUAUAAUAUUAUUACACAAUUAAUUCUAUAUUAUAUUAACAUUUAGGAGUGAGGUAGCUCACUGAGUAAGGAUCAAAAUUCCAAUAUAUACUUCCCUUUAAGUUUUUUUUUUUUUUUUUUUUAACUUUUAUUAUAUUUACCACUGUAUUAGUAUGAAUACAUCAAGUAAAUGUGAACAGAGGAAUAUUAUCACAUGAAACACGCUUGCUGAGAAACUACCCAUUGGUAGCACUCUAUCCCUUUAAGUUAAAUUCAAAAUUCAAGUCAGAUGAUAUGAAAUCAUUUGUCAUCCUUUAAAACUAAGAUGAAAGAAGGCAACAGCAAAUUAAUUUCUCCUAUGAAAAAGAUCAAGAACUUCAUCUACCCUAUCUCUCAUCUUAUCCAUCUUAUGUGCCAUGGUUUCAGGCCUAUAUCGCUUAGCUUUGUUAUUGACUAUUUCCAUAACUUCAAAGAUUAAUUCUUUUCCAAAGAUAUUGUCUGUUAAGAGUUGGUUUGGAAAGAUAGUUAUAGAAUUAAUUUUUUCUUUUUCCUUCAGUUUUUUAUUGGUCCAAUAAUGACUAAUUUUUUCUAUGAGCUCCCUUAGCCAUAUAAUGAAUUUGUUAGUUUCACCGUCCCAGCAAAAUUUAUCUACCAGACUUAGAAAUGAACCCUGCAUUGCUAAAUGUUUGCAUUUCCCUUCAUGCUCAGUUACUAUAUUUACAGACAAACCUACAAUAAGGUUCAUCAUCACAAUUACAACAAGAACAUAAAACAUAAUGAAUAAUAUAUGUCCUAAUAUUUUUAAAAUUAAAUCAGUCUCCUUCCCAAACGCUUCAUCAUAUUUUAUUUCAGAAAUCAUUGCCAUCACUGCACCUAAUGAUGUUAAUGGAUCUGGAAAUGGUUUUCUUCCAUUAAAAAGAAUGUAGAAAGACAAUGCAAAUCCAAAAAUUAGGAAUGAAAAUAAACAUAAGACCUAA